AUGGAGAAAGCUACGAACGGUGCGGCGGCGCUGGAGACGCAGACAGCUGAGUUAGCUGAGCCAUCACCGUUUCGAAAAAUCAUAUCGGUGGCUUCCAUCGCCGCCGGUGUUCAGUUCGGUUGGGCUUUGCAGUUAUCUCUAUUGACACCGUACGUGCAGCUACUUGGAAUCCCACAUAAAUGGGCUUCUCUGAUUUGGCUCUGUGGCCCAGUCUCCGGUAUGCUUGUUCAGCCCGUCGUCGGUUACCAUAGUGACCGUUGUACCUCAAGAUUUGGCCGUCGCCGUCCUUUCAUCGUCGCCGGAGCUGGUUUAGUCGCCGUUGCUGUUUUCCUUAUCGGUUACGCCGCCGAUAUAGGUCAUAGCAUGGGUGAUAAGCUUGACAAACCGCCGAGAACGCGAGCUAUAGCGAUCUUCGCUCUCGGGUUUUGGAUUCUUGACGUUGCUAACAAUACCUUGCAAGGACCAUGCCGAGCUUUCUUGGCUGAUUUAUCCGCAGGAAACGCGAAGAAAACGCGGACCGCAAACGCGCUUUUCUCGUUUUUCAUGGCGGUCGGAAACGUGUUAGGUUACGCGGCGGGUUCUUACAAGAGUCUCUACAAGGUUGUCCCUUUCACGUUGACCGAGUCAUGCAAUACCUAUUGUGCAAACCUCAAGACGUGUUUCUUCCUCUCCAUUACGCUUCUCCUCUUAGUCACUUUCGUCUCGCUCUGUUACGUGGAUGAGAAGCAAUGGACGCCGGAGCCAACCGCCGACGGGAAAGCCUCGAACGUUCCGUUUUUCGGAGAGAUAUUCGGAGCGUUCAAGGAGUUGAAAAGACCGAUGUGGAUGCUACUUAUAGUCACUGCACUAAACUGGAUCGCUUGGUUCCCCUUCCUGCUCUUCGACACUGACUGGAUGGGCCGUGAGGUGUACGGAGGAAGCUCAGACGCAACCGCG